UAUGUGUAAUGGUUUCAAACUCGCGUGUAGUGGGGGGAAAACAGUAUACGCUCUCUCUAAGAAAUACUCUCUCUCUCUAAGAAAUACUCUCUCUCAGUUCUCACACGGAGACGAUGGCUCGUUGCUUUGCGUGUUCAAUCUAUCGGCCAACUUCCAUGUGCAGAACCUGUGUUGUUUCGGAUGCGUUCAACGAUAUCAACGAUGCAGUGAAUGUUCUGAAUCAAUGCAUGGAUAAUCUGGGUGGUAGAUCUGUUGCUACCUUCACUUUGUUAAGAGCAGCUCUGAUGGAGUUGGAAGAAAGAGAUAGGGUGCAUUACAUAAACAAUUUGCUUCAGAAUCCUCCAAGAAGAAGUGGUCUGUUUAGUUGUUUGGAAUGGAUUGUUCGGGUGUCUGUCCAAGUUCUAAGGCGAGUGUUCUAUCUGCAUGCCGAUGACGCAUUGCCUGGCAGAGUGCCAUCCUCAAUCAGGAGCCAAGAAUCUGUGCAGUAUGCAGGAGCACAGCUUAAUCAGGCUGAGGGUAUGCCUAGCCACGGCAUAUCUUCAUAUGCCUCAAACUCUCCAUCCAUCAGCUAUGAAGAUGAUCCUGACUACACACGUACUCAUAGUGUCACACCGUCUUCAUCGGACGAGUCUCUCGUACCAUCAUCAGGUGAGGAAGAGUGAUCAGAUAGAUCAAUGUGAUCCCACCUGCCUACAUACCCACCACCCUGUCACACGUAUACAUAUAUUCAUCGUUAGGUUGUUCUUUACUCGAGGAGGAUAGUUAUCGAACGUUGAACUUACCUGAAAACAAAAUGCAAAAUUUUGUAUGCAUUGAAGAUGUUAUGUUACCAAUUUUAGUUGUAUUGUUAGGUUGAUUUCCUUUCUGUAAGCAAAUAGAUGAAAUUGAUUUUUCUGACUGAAGCAAGACAGCUCCUGAAACUUGUGUUUGCGGGAAAGAUAUGUGUAUAUCCUAUUCUUUCAGAUUCUACUUGUAAAAUUACAUUGAGUGUAUUGUUGUGGCAACUUA